AUGGAUGAAGUGGAGAGCAGUUACUGGAUUAUGUGCGACAAGAAGAUCCUGCUAAAACUGAAAGGCAAGUUCUACAGAGUAGCUAUUAGACCGGCUAUGUUAUAUGGGUCAGAAUGUUGGCCGAUGAUGAAAGCCCAAGCGUCCUGGGUGGAGGUGGCUGAGAUGAGGAUGCUAAGGUGGACUUGCGAGAAGACCCUAGCAGACAAGAUCCCCACGGGAGUUUUUAGAGACGAACUAGAAGUAGGGUUCAUCAUAAACAAGCUAAGGAAAGGACGCUUGAGAUGGUUUGGCCAUGUUAGGAGAAGAGACCAAACAACACCACUAAGGAGAGCGGAAUCUAUUGAAGUUGACGGCAUAUGA